AUGAAACUGCAGAUCAUGAUAUUGCUACCCUAUUAUCCUUCUGCUGGUAGCAAAGCCCAGUUGCAGAUUGGUGUACUGGCAAAUGAAUUGCCAUUUCAGAGACAAUUUCAUGGAAAUGCUGUGGCUUGCGUGAUGAACAGGAGCAGAUGCAUAACUGCUGGAAUUCUUCCUGGCCUCUGCGUCGCUACUGCAAGCUUGUAUUGCAUGGACACCACAAUACCUAAGGAAUUGUGUUUUGAGGGUGUGGUUUUCAGAGCAGUCCUAUUUCUUGUCAGCACUGCACUCAUAGUGGAGUCAGCAAAUGGCAUUCUCAUUCAGAAAGUCAGUUAUUGA